AUGUACAGAUUUGGGGUGUUCAGGAGCCACUUUCUUACACCGGCUCAACUCACGCUUCGUGCAAAAUGCCUUUCGGUAAAGCCGAGCCAUAGUUUUCUGGGGCGUUUCUACUCCAAGGAAAACACUAAAAAGAAUGAAGAUAAAAAGCGCCAAGAUGAGCAGAUUGUGAAAAAACAAGCUGAAGAGGUAUCAUUCCAUAUUAAGCCAAAGACUUCGCCAUCUGCUCCAGCACCAAUGGAUCCUGAGCUUGGUAUCGAAAAAUUAAUGUCAAAGAAUAACAAACCAUAUAUACCAAAGCUCAAGCACGAAAGGCUAACAUAUGAUUACCCAGGAUUGCCCAAUGAAGAUGCAUUUUCGAAACACAGCAACGAUGCUAAGAAACCAAAGACAGUAAACAGAUGGAGUCGUCAUGUUCCAAAAAUCCUCACCGUGCUUGUGGUUCUAUGGGGAGCUUAUUCUGUUAAGGUUUGGUACUUUGCACCAGAAAAAGGCUCUGACAGUAAGGAACUAUUGGAUCCGUACGAAUUCCACAAGUUUGUCAUUACACACAAGCAUCAAGUCGACGACGAUCACUUUUUGAUAGAAAUUCGUCCUAAAUUCAAGAAUUGGCAAUAUAGCUACUACGCACAUUAUGAAAACAAAUCCAUUUGGAAUGGCGAUCGCAUUUGGUCUGUCGAAAUCAAACAACCCCAAAUUAUGGUCCUGAGAUCGUACACGCCUUUACCGUUGUAUUUCAUGAAAUCAGAACGGACUCGUUCGGGCGAAAAAGAUCCAGUAUUGCGGGUCAUCGAUAACGAUGCCGAGGAUUAUGACAAAGGAGGCGUAAUGACUUUUUACAUUAAAAGAUACGAGGACGGAGAAGUUUCGCGAUACAUUGUUAAUAAGGAGGUGGGAGAUGAAAUUGAUGUUAGAGGACCUCAUGUUGAGUACAAGUUCCCUCAUCACCCUCUCAAGCAGUUACACGAGAGGCCCGGAUUUAGAGACUUACCAUCAAAAGUAGAAGCGGAAUCUCUCUUGGAAACUAUCAAGAAAGAAAACGGUGUUCCUGACUUCGACAACUUAGCAUUUUAUGCUGCGGGCACUGGCAUUGCACCAAUCCUCCAAGUUUUGUUUUCCAAAAAUCCAUACCGUGGCUUUACCACAGUUCAUUAUUCGGCCAAAUCGAGCUCUGAGUUAGGUCCAUUGGAAAGAUUUUUAUUCUUCUUAGAGAAGUUGGAUAGAAUCAAACUUGUAUCCCAUAUUGAUGAAAAACCAAAGACGAAGUUGAAGGCAGGUGAUAUUGAUAAACCUGUUCCCCGAAACUAUAUCAGUCCAAUGCGUCAGGAAAUUGAAGGAUUGGAUGAAGGAGAGAUAAAGACUCAAUCACCAGAGGAGGCCCUAAAGCUCAGAAUGGCCAUUAUGGACGGACCAAAAAGCUCAUCCGAACGUACUACGAGGGCAAAUGAAGAGAAAAGAGCUCCAAGAUAUGAAAAUGCUCUUCAGCAGGCUACUGUCACAAGCCGUGAGAAAAAGGCUGAUCCUGCGCUCAGUAUCGUAUGUGGACCGUAUGGAUAUGUGGAUUUUGUAUCUGGAGGAAAACUAAUGGCCACUAAUGAGCAAGGAGCUGUAAGUGGUUUGUUAGGAGCCAAAGGUUGGGACAAUUCCAACGUUUUCAAAUUGUAA